CAUAUAUCGAAUAUUUUACAACCCCUAGUUUAAAGUACGAACAUAUAAGAUUUUACUCCGUAAAUCUCAGGCUCAGUAUUGUAUAUCGCACAUUCUGUGGCAUAUUUUGAAGUAAAAAUGAAUUCCAUCAAGACAAAUGCUCACAAACACAAGUUAACGUACAAGAACAGAGUGAAAGAAGGAGCUAAAAAUGGUUUUACCUCGUGGACAUGUGGCGCUUGUGGCAGGGGUUCAAAAGAGUUACAGCAGACACAUUCUUACAAAUGUGAAAAAUGUGAUUUUGAUUUGUGUAAAGAAUGUGCUCAGCCAAUCAAGACAAACAAACAUGCCCACAGUUUGGCUGUAACGAUUCCCGCUAAGAAAAUGUUCUCGAAAGGUUCUUGGACUUGCGACAAUUGUGGAACUAAAUCUUCAAGACCCGGAGGCGGACUUCUACCUUGGCGUUGCGAGGAAGGAUGCGAUUUUGAUUUGUGCUUUGGCUGUACACGAAGUCAUAAAAGCGCAGCACACCGUCAUCUUUUGUUAAAAAGCAAUCCCAAGGAUACUUAUCCAAACCUGCAGGGUUGGCUUUGUGAUAUAUGCGGGGUAGGCUAUCUACAUGAAGAAAAUGAGAAACCGUAUGAAUGCAAAAAAUGUGAAUAUGAUUUGUGCGAGAAGUGUAUGAAAGAAAAUGAAGUUCUAGAAACUGUUGAAAACGUACAAACGAAGAUGGAGAAGAGCUCUGAGAUUACGGACGGUGAUGCUUCUCCAAAUACCAAGGGUGGACAAGUGCCAAUGGUGUUUAUUUCCUACCAAUGGGACAUACAAGAUAAAAUUUUGAAAUUGAAGAAGACACUUGAAUCAAAGAAUAUAAUAUGUUGGAUGGAUACCAACAAGAUGAUGGGGGGAGAUGAUCUGAAGAAAGAAAUCGAUCGUGGAAUAAGAGGAUGCAAGAUAGUGGUGUCUUGUGUGACAGAAGCGUACAGUCAGUCACAUGCUUGUCAGCAAGAAGUUGCUUUGGCUGAUGUCUUGAAAAAACCAAUUCUUCCAGUUUUAUUUGAGUCAGUGACGUGGCCUCCAGAAGGGCCAAUGGCAAUGCCAUUUGCACCGUUAAUUUACAUCAACUGCGAAAUGGGUCUCACAAGUGAAAAUCUGGAUACAAUCAUCAAGACAAUAAAGUCGGAAACAGGAUGAACUUUUCUUGAUAU